AACCUUGUCGCAUCUGUAUGUUUUUGUCGACUUAUCAAAAUCAACGCACGCGCUGGCUAUUUGAAUUGUCUGAACGGACAAGGUAUUUUCGUGAGCAAGAUUUAGUCAUACUCGUGAGCUUAGAUUAAACGAACGUCGUGUGGUUAGCGGAACAAUGAAUAGCUGUGUGGCGAUUGGAGUCCUUCUGGUACUGGUCCUCCAGUACGGAGUGGUCCGGGUGAACGGUGAUAGCAGCGACAGCGACAGCAGCAGUGGAGAGAAAAAUCACAAGUACUCCACGACGGAGCACAAGUACAAUUACCCCGCAUAUCCUGGUCCGGGCUAUAUGCCCCCAAAUCCAUACAAUAUGUAUCCAUAUCAAAUGCCGUAUCCUACGUAUCCUGCUUAUCCGCCAAUGGGUGGCUACCCUUCAUAUCCCUACCAUCCAUAUAUGCCGCCACCACCACAACAACUGCCGCAACAGCCUCCUCCACCGCCCAUGUAUCCCCCCGCCCCGAACGGAUAUCCAGGCGGCUAUCCACCACAGGCGGGUCCUGGACAGAAUCCGGCUAACAACCCAAAUGCGAUCCCCAACCAGCCGCAACCACAGCAGCCUGCUCCCGGCCCAGGAACAGGGAAUGCCCCAAACUAUCCUCCAGGCGGCUCGAGCGUUAUUAACCACUCCCUUAAGGUCAACAAGGAAUACAAUGAGGACGGACACCACAAAUCUUCCACGUAGUCGUAGUCGAGAUACCAUGUUACAUGAAAUUUUGAACAUCGGUUUGGGCCUCAAGUUUCAAGUCGACGUUCAAUACAAUGUAGCAAAGUCCAAUUAAAUAUCUUUAAAUAUCUCCAAAAAAAUCUUUGGUAAAAUAAAAGAAAGAACUCUUCUCUUACUAUUUCAA